UUGCAGAGAAACAGAGUGAAAGUCAUGGGAGUAGUAAAUAGCAGCUUAACCCUGAAUAAGAUGAAGUUAAGGUGAAACAGGUCUCCGUCGACGAAGCUACGAGUCUAGAGAGAGCUUGAAAAAUCAACCUAACCCAUCUUUAUGAUGGUCCUUGUUCAUCAAGAAACGAUAAGCUCUCACCACCUCUCCUCCUCCCGCAUUAAUACCUUGCUCUGUUCCAAAGCUACACGAAUAAAUACCAUCUCCGAAAUUCAACCACACCCGGAAAGUUAAACCAGAGCUUAGAAGAAAUGAAUGGUUUCAAGGAAGAAGAAGAGCUAGUGCAGCAGAACAUGGGGGCACAGAAGCAGAGAAAGAAGAGGCUUUGUGAUUACUGUGGAGUCUCUAUGGCUUUGCUAUAUUGCAGAGCCGACUCUGCUAAGCUGUGCUUCUCUUGUGAUAAGGAAGUUCACUCUGCUAAUCAGCUUUUCAUGAAGCACACUCGGUCACAGCUCUGUGACGCCUGUGAUGAGGCCCCUGCUUCUAUUUUCUGCUCUACUGAGAGUUUUGUGCUCUGCCAGAACUGUGACUGGGAAAGGCAUAACCUGUCGUCGGCGACAGUGCACGACAGGAGGCCGGUGGAGGGGUUCAGUGGAAACCCUGGGUUGAAUGAGCUGAUGGCUUUUGUGGGGUUUGAGAAUCUGGAUAAGAAAGGUUUGGUUUUUAAGGAGGAGAGUAAUGGUGGUGGUGGUGGUGGAGGGUUUGAUGGGUCUGGGCUUGAUGGGUCCUUGGGCAUGUCUGAUGGGUUUUCGGAUUUUCUGGUUUGGGAAACUCCCUCUGCUGUUAGUCUAGAUGAUUUGAUUGUUUCGGAUCCGGGUCAUAAGUUUCAGGCUAUGGGGGUUCCUCCUCUGCCUAAGAACCGGAAUGCAAAGUGUGGGCGACACAAGGAAGAGAUACUGAGUCAGCUUCGGGUUGCAGCAAAGUUCGAACCCAAAAUGAUGAAUGAGGAUGUGGAUCUUAAUUCCUUCAUGAGUUUCCAAUCACCGGAGACUGAGCAACAUAUGCACUCAGGGGCUUUUUGUACAAGUUUUGAACAGGAUGCUGAGCCGCUUGCAUUUCCUGCUUAUGAGGCACAAGAGUUUGAGGCUAAUGAAUAUGGCAAGUCUGCAAGUCCAGAUCUUUUCCUCAAAGGGUUAAAGAGGAGCUACCUUCAGGACUGUUCUAUGGUUCCUGAUUUGAAUUCGAAUAAUGAUGGAAUUGCAAGUCAUACUAGUGAUGGUUUUGGAGGCCAAAUGACUUCUGAAGCCUCUUCAGCCUUACCAAGAGUUCCUCCACAUGAAUGUACUAUAAAUCGGGAGUCUGCUCUCACAAGGUACAAGGAGAAGAAGAAAACAAGGAGGUACGAUAAGCACAUCAGGUAUGAGUCACGGAAGGUGCGCGCAGAAAGUAGGACAAGAAUCAAGGGACGGUUUGCGAAAAUAGAGAACUGAAUGGAUAUGGUAGUUGGCAGAUAUGGUAAUCAGAUCACGAGUGGCUCGUCAAGUUUGUACUGAGAGGAGGUUAUGAAUUUAUAUAACAUUUGCAAGGUCACGGAAGCACUGGUACGAAGUCCUACCAAACUGCUUAUUACAGUUAGUUUAGUAGUUACUAUUUACUAAUCUUGUACUCGAUAGCUUUUGAAGCUAUUGUUUGGAUUAUUAAUUUCUAGAUUGCUUCGCAUAAUGUAAAAUUCUGUUUUUUAGGUUACUUCCUUCGUAGUAAAGUCGCUAGUUAGUGAUGAAUGAUAAUGUAUAAAGCUUCUCAUGUCCUACUUAAACAAACUUGGUUUUACUUUGUCAUGCAUGCAGUUGUCAUAUGACUUCAGGUUUUCUAAAGCUCCAAUGUAGAAAAUGGAGAAAGUUUGUUCAAUCUUAUCAGAUCGACUCUAUGAAAUCUCAUACCGAUAUGGUACCUACAAGAAUCUAGUCCAAGAGAAAACAAGAUAGAGUUGAUCUGAUUAAGAAACAAAUGUCCAAAUACUUCUUUGUCAUGCAUAAAGUUUCUAGGCAUCACCAUUUGACCGGAUUCAACUUUCACUCUCGACAGACUCAGGGAAAAUUAAACAUAGUGAUUGUCUGGUGCUUCAAUGUCACACGUAGGUAGUAGAUCGAAGAUUUAUAUUGCGCUGAGUAAAGCAUCAAAUGAAGAUCUUUUCGGGCCAGAGCCUUCAGAUUCUGUUUUCCUGUGAUGGAGCCGAGUUCAUGGCACUACAUGUCAAAGUAAGAUCAUAAGCAUAGUGGGUCAUACAUCUAUUCGUCCAGAUUCUGUGUUUUAUAUGAUUGAACUUAUACACAAGUUUUUGAGAUU